CACAACGACAAAAAUUCAAAUUCUGUUCAACGGAUGUUCCGAACUUCUACACGAGAAAAAAAUAACAAAGACAACAUGGGAAACGACGAUGAUCCUUUUAAUCUCAACAACCCUCCUGAAAAAACACCGUUGGAUGACAACUCAACAGACUCAGCCGUUGGCGGGAAAAAUACGCCACCACAAAACCCCUCGAAUUUUCUGCAGAACAUGAGGCUACCUAGUCAGUUACGAUUUGCACUCGCAGCGCAAAACCAAAUUCCACAGGAUCAUGUAUACGCUGUCAAUCUCAACAUACCUCAGUUUGCAUCAGAUGCACCAGAAAUGUGGUUCGCCAUAGCUGAAGCGGACUUCACCGCCAAUCGCAUCACCAGUGACAACCAGAAAUACAGCCAGACUCUCAAGGUACUUCCACUCAGUAUCUCCAAGCAGCUAUGGGACAUCAUCGGACAACCACCAGCACAAGAUAAGUAUCAAGCUUUAAAAAACGCUAUUCUUCAACGCUUCUCUGAGUCGAGACAAACCCAGUUACAGAAAUUGCUGAAAGAAAUGACACUUGGUGACAGGAAACCCUCGCAGCUUCUCCGAGAGAUGCGUGAGCUGGCAAAAACAGCAGUGACAGACGAAGCAUUGUACCAGCUGUGAAA